AUGGCCGGUACUGGCCACAGUCAACAACAAAUAAAAUAUUUGUAUUUUCAUUACAAUAAUUCACCUGUAUUGAUUAAUAAAAUACCAUCUGUAUGUACUUCGACACACCGAGAACAAUCGAUGAUGAGUUCGUCGACAUCUCCUUNAGAAGAUUGUGGUUUUGGUACAUUAAAAGAUAUCAUUAUCCCACCUUAUGCUAUAUCAAUUCCACGUGUCGCUGAUCUCAACAAAGAUCUCAUCCUUGGCAUUGGUAAUAGUAUGUCCAAACGAUUACAAAUCUCCACAGCGAAUAGCUCCUCUACGCAAGCAGCCGAUUUGAAUCUUGUCGGUACACCUACGAAUAUGGGUCCUAAAAGUCCAGGAUCAAUGAUACGAAGUCCAUCGGCCGAACAUCCAUCAGGCGGUGAUGCUGAUAGUGGACCUAGUUACAUUGAAAAAGAUCCUCACAGUCGUGGUGGUGGCGAUACAUAUCCCAGUCCGAUGAUACAAGCUGACAGUGUAUCAACAGCAGCAAGUAAAACAAAACCAUCAAAAACACCAAAUAAAGGUCAACAAGACGAAGAAGAAGAACGAGAAAUCAUCAAAGUAUACGAUGGUAAUGCAACAUAUCGUAACGGCACUCCCCGUUCAAUUUCCGUUCCUCGACAAGCGAGUUAUAACCAAAUUCUGGAGGCUGCACUCCGUACAUUCCAUAUCAAUGACGAUUGUACUAAAUAUUGCAUCACUGUACCUAUUGAUGAUGUGGGAGGUGAUCAACCACUUGAUGAAACAAUGCCAUUAAAAUCUCUUAGACAAUUAAGUGGCCGUAUAUUGAACAUAUACAUUCGUUAUAAAGAACGUGGUGAUAUGGAUAUUGACUACAUUCGAGUUUAUCCUGGCAUUCUUAAAACUCAUGAUGGUUUUAAAGUGAUUAAAGUAACGUCAUCGAGUACAACAUCCGAAGUGAUUGCUAGAGCUCUAGCUGAUUUCGGUAUACAAAAUGUCAAUGCCGAAAAAUAUUCGCUGGUCGAAGUCCUACUCAUAUCCAAUGUUAACUACACCGAUCGUAUUUUAGAACCAGAUGAAUGUCCUAUACAUGUUCUACGACAACAGAGAAAAGAAUCUGUUCGUAGUCAUCGUGUAACACGAUUUUAUCUACAACACAAAGAAGAUCCACAUGGCCCAUCUGUCUCUCUAUUUGUCGGCAAUUUACCUCCCGGUCCCCGCACAGAAAAGCAAUAUGAGAAAAUACUCUUUCAAGAUAUUUUUAAAUCGGAUAAAGAUUUAAAAUGGGAUAAUAUGGACGUUAUUUAUUAUGAACACGGAGCAAUGGUUUUAGUUUACAGUGAUAGUGAUCGUGCAACGCGUGCAUUUAGUAUCCUACGACAAGCAAAACAUGAUCAAAAACAGUUAUUAGUGUUGAUGUUACCGAAUAUUCAAUCUCAAUUUAUUCCAUCACAUGUUACUCCAUUACUUGUCUUUGUUAAUGUCAAAUCAGGUGGACAGCAGGGUGCAGAACUAAUCACUAAUUUUCGUCAUUUACUCAAUCCACACCAAGUUUUCGAUUUGCAGAAUGGCGGACCUUUACCAGGCCUCUACGUCUUUCGAAAUAUUCCACACUAUCGUAUCUUAGCAUGUGGAGGAGAUGGAACAGUCGGCUGGGUACUAAGCUGCUUGGAUAAUGUCGGUCAAGAUGCACUAUGUCAAUCUCCGCCUGUAGGCAUUGUACCAUUGGGCACAGGGAAUGAUUUGGCGCGUGUUCUUCGCUGGGGUUCAGGUUAUACAGGUGGCGAAGAACCAUUAGCACUGCUCAGGGAUAUGGUUGAAGCUGAAGAAAUCAAAUUAGAUCGUUGGACAGUUGUUUUUCAUCAAGAUCAAGAUAAACGUAUACCAGCAGCAACAGAAACGAAUACAGUCAAGUCAACGACAGGAUCGGGCUCAUCAACCAAAUUGACUCAGAAAAAAGCGAUCAAACCCAUUCUUAAUCAACCACCGCCAUCAGUUGCACUACCGAUCGCAAUUCAAGAAGGUACAACAAAUGAAGAUAAAACAGAAAUGUUCGUAAUGAAUAACUAUUUUGGACUCGGUCUUGAUGCUGAUAUCUGCCUGGAUUUUCAUAUGGCCAGAGAAGAGAAUCCAAAUAAAUUCAAUAGCCGAAUUCAAGCGAAGGGCUACUAUCUCAAAACUGGCAUAAGAAAAAUGAUAAAAAAAGGUGGAUUAAAAGAUUUCAAUCGAGAUAUUGUGCUUGAAGUCGAUGGAAGACGUAUCGAUUUACCUCAACUAGAAGGAAUUAUUAUCAUGAAUAUUCUCAGCUGGGCAAGUGGAGCGAAUCUAUGGGGACACGAGAAAGAAGAUCGAUUUAGUCGACCAACGCAUUACGAUGGUAUGCUAGAAGUCGUCGGUGUUACUGGUAUCGUUCAUCUCGGACAAAUUCAAUCGGGUAUACGUUCGGCUGUUCGACUCGCUCAGGGUGGACAUGUUCAUAUACGAAUGAACAAUGAUUAUCCAAUUCCAGUACAAGUUGAUGGUGAACCAUGGCUUCAACCUCCCUGUGACAUAACAAUCAUUCGAUCCGCACUUAAAGCAACAAUGCUUCGUAAAAGUAAAUCUAAAAUCAAACGUCGAAAUACAGAACCAAGUGUCUAUAUUCCUGAUGCGGAUGAUGACUCUAAAUGUUGA